AUGUAUAGUACUACGUGUUGGAUUCCUAAAGCACAUUUAAGUAAUUAUCCAAUUAUACCUAAUUUUGAACAAUUGUAUAAUGAAGAGGUUCAAAGGGAUGAAAACCAAGCAAUGGAAGAAGAUGAAAUUGUUAAAAAAUAUGGACUAAGUAAUUAUGAUGACGAUGAAGACGAUUAUGCUAAAUAUGCAUUAACUAAACAAGGAGAUGGAUUUGACCCUGAUAUGGAAGAAGAUGAUUCUGAGGUGGAAGAGAAUUUAAUUGCUGAUACAGACUCAGUGUUAAUAGCUGGGAUGUUUGAUAAUGUAGAAGUUGACUACAGAUUAGAGUUUGUUGUUAUGGAACAAAGUGCUGACAAUAAGUAUAUUCACCAUGAUAUUCUUAUGCCAAAUAUUCCAUUAACAACAUCUUAUCUUGAUAUGGGGUCUUGCCCAAUUAAUGGAGUAAAAAAUAUUGUAGCUGUUUCAUGUUUAGGUAAGCCAUUAGAAUUAUGGAACAUUGAUUCUUUGGAAGAUACAACACCAUUAGUUGUAUUGGAUCCAACGAAUGGUGCUAUAAUAAAUCAAGCGAGAGAAAUUAAUGACAAAUUUGAUGACAAUGCAACUGUAUUAUCUGUUGGAUGGAAUUCAUUACAAAAAAAUAUAUUAGCUACAGGAUCUGCUGAUCAUAUUAUUAGAUUUUGGGAUUUAGCCUCAAUGAAAGUUGCACAUCAAUUAAACCAUCAUCAAGGGAAAGUUCAGGUUUGUAGUUGGAAUCCUAUAGAUGGAUCUGUUUUGGCUACUGGAUCAUUUGGAGAAAAUGGCUCUCAAGCAGCGAUGUAUCUUCUUGAUGCUCGACAACAAAAAACAUUGGGAAAUUGGUUCUGUCAAUGUGAUAUGAAUGAUUUUGUUUGGAACAAUGAUGGAAGACUUUUUAUGAUAACUUUUGAAGAUGGUAGGGUAGAAUUACGGGAUAUGAGAAAUCUUAAUAACCCUGUUUGGGAACUAGUUGCUCACGAGAAAGUUUGUACAUCUGCUUCUAUUUACAAUAAUGGUAUUUUUGCAACUGGAGGUGAAGACAAAUAUGUUAAAAUAUGGGAUGCUAAAGGUGGUAAACCUUAUAUGUUGAAACAAAUUGAUUGUAAAGGGGAUGUCUUAGCAUGUUCUUGGUGUCCAGAUAUUAAUGGAAUGUUAGCUGUAGGAGGAGAAUUUGGAUUAAAAUUCCUCUCUGCGUUAAGAUGA